CCAUUUAAUUGAUUAUCUUUUUUCAAUUUAUUAAUUUUAUUUAGUGGUUUUAAUCAAUUAACAAUCUUAUUGAUUUGUAGUAAACCUGAGAAAUGUAAGGUUUCCAUUAAGUUUUUAAUGAUGUUUCUUUUCGGAUGAUGUGACCAUAGUUUUUAUUUUCUCGGUGGAUAUUGUGAUAAUUAAAUUAAUUCCAUGGGUUUAAUUGUCAUGAUUUCUUUGUUGUUUUUAAUUUUACCUUCAUUUUGUUGGACUCAAGAAGGUGUUGUUCACAUAAAUGAACAACCACCGACUGUAAAAUCUUCAGGUUUAUACUCUAUUGAGGGAAAAAUUUUCCCAGCUCCAAAUGUCUCAAUUUCUUCAUCUUGGUUUACUGCGACAAGGAUUAUUGUCAAUUAUGGACAAUUUCUUGGUUUUAUGAAGAAAGAUGGAACCUUUGAAAUAGGACAAGUACCACCGGGUUCCUAUCUGGUUGAAGUGACAAAUCCUGAUCUAUUUUACAAGCCAACAAGAGUCGAUAUAAAUUCAAAAGGAAAAAUUCGAGCUCGAAAAGUCAAUUAUAUUCAAAGUUCAGCCGUUCAGCAAGUUACUUAUCCACUGAGAUAUCGACCUCAAUCUCCAUUUAAAUACUUCCAAACAAGAGAAACCUGGAGGAUCACCGAUUUCCUCUUUAACCCUAUGGUUUUAAUGAUGGUUUUACCUUUAAUCUUAAUCAUGGUCUUGCCGAAAAUGAUGAAUGCCGCUGAUUCAGAAACUCAGCGAGAAUUACAGAAUAGACAAAUACCAAAAUAUGAUGUCCCCGAAUUGUCCGAAAUGAUGACCAAUUGGUUUACCGGUGGAUCUCCUGGUGCUAGUAAACCCGAUUCUUCAAGUACCAAAAAAUUGUCCAGAAAAAAAUAAUAAUCUCAUCAAAUUACAACUUCUAAGUCAAUAAUUGCGAACACUAGUCUUUAUAUACCGAAGAAGAAACAAAAAAAUCGUAUCUCGAAUUGAUAGAAAUCAAUUAUCACAACAAGUCAUUUAAAAUGUUACACACAAUUAAAAUGUGUAACAUAUUCUCAUCUAAUUGAAUACUUAACAAUUAAACUAUUUAAUUGAACUUUUAUUUACAUUAA